UAUGUCCAUAAAUGGUCAUUAGUCUGCAAACAAGGAAACAUGUUUACCCUUAGUGCUCUGAUAUUAUAAUGUGACUCUGUGGAGGCUUCUAUAAAAAAACAGCAAAAGGAGGAGAGGUGUUAACCACCGCUGUUAAGAAAUGCUUGUUUAAAAAACAGGAAGUAGAAACUCAUUCUCACAGUCAGUUGGUCCUCAUCGUUCAGUCUCACUCUGCUCAUCAACAUGGCUCUUCAUCUCAGUGUUCUUCUCCUCUUCACUGGAGUCACAGGAAUUGACUGCAAAUACAAACAGUCAGUAAAGUGUCAUGAAGGCUGGAGCUCCAUCUCUGUCCCAUGUCUCUAUGAGUCACAGUACACACACCAUGUCAAAUACUUGUGUAGAGGAGAUAAAUUCGACAACUGCGCCACUGAAGUUAAAACAAAUCAACGAAACAGUUCAGGAAAGUUUUCAAUCUCUGAUGACAAACACCAAAGAAUCUUCACUCUGACUUUUAAUAAUCAGUCUGUUGAUGACACACAUUACUGGUGUGCUGUGGAGAGGAAUGAUGGACCACACGACGCAAAGCGUUUUCAGCUGUCAGUCACCAGAGGUUCACCUCAACUCUCUGUGGAUCAUCAGGAGAUUACAGGAUUUAAUGGAGAUGAUGUUACCAUCCAUUUUAAGUAUAAUAUCUUCGGAAAGAUUCAGUGGUGCAGGUUCGGAUGGUCCUGUGUGAAGGAGCAGUCUGGAUCACUAAAUGGAACAAGAGUGACCAUCAAUGCAAAUGUCCAUGAUUUCACUGUGACACUGAGUGGACUGAGGACAGAGAGCAGCGCUGGUAUUUAUGUACCAAAGGAGACCUACAGAUGCCAGUGCAUGUGA